UAUGAUGACGUUAUGUUUUGGGCGGCCUGCUGUCUAGCCUAUUUCGGGUUCUUACGUUCAUGCGAAUUUACUGUCCCGAAUGGUGCCACGUUCUCGCAAGCCUUACAUCUCUCCGUCCACGACAUCGCUGCUGACCAACGGGUGGCUCCUUCUAGGAUCCAAGUGAACAUUAAAGUGUCCAAAACUGAUCCUUUCCGUCAAGGUUGUAUCCUCACGUUGGGACAAGGCCGCUCCCCUUUGUGCCCGGUGGAAGCGAUGCUGAAUUUCCUGGAACUACGGGGCGGCUCGGCUGGUCCAUUGUUCAUUAGGUCAAAUGGUGUUCCUUUGACUAGGACCUAUUUAUCGGAACGGUUACCUCGGUUGCUAAGCGACGCGGGAAUUCCUGGCAAUUUUAGCAGUCACAGUUUUCGCAUUGGUGCUGCCACGUCCGCCGCUUUGGCAGGUGUUCCCAAUCACCUGAUCCAAACAUUAGGACGGUGGUCCAGCGCCGCAUACUUGACAUACAUUUGGACACCACAUAGCUUGUUAUCCAAUUUAACAAAGAGUUUAUGUUAA